AUGAACUCUUCAAGCACCACCCGUACAGAUGCUGGAAAAGAUCUUGAAUCCGGUACAAGGAAACCAGUAUCCCUACAAGCUAUUCAAAUGGCACCAACCGGUGUUCGUACCUCCCAAUCGACAGAAAAGAUUCCUGCAGAGUGCAAGGUCAUGGUAAUCAUGGAGGCUCCACAUAAAAUCCUAGAAGUAAGGAAUACAGAACUUUCAGUGCAAGGUCCCUCUACGGCACAAACCCCACUACUACCAGAGCCGUCUCCUAGCAUCACCAUUCGGAGACCAGUUUCGCCAACGGACGAGUUCUUAAUGAGGCAGCGAACUAGCCUACCGCCGGGCAUGGUGACCUUGAUGGGUAGUAUGGGUACGCUGCUGAAGGACCAUUUCGAGCCCGAAUGUUUUCAUGAGGAACACUACGGUCCUUUCUACAACAAAUUCCACGAACUGUAUAUUAAGAAACAUCAACCACUAAAGAUGAGAAUGGAAGAUGUGGUGGAAAUCACCCUGAUGACCCGCCUGCCCAACGGAUCGAUCAGGAGUUACAGGAGCGGUGAAAUUCCGGUUUCAAUGAGUCUUACCAUUUUUUGGAACAGGGAUUGCAAAGUGAGGGGUGCCAAAGUCACGCUAUCCGAACGGUUUACGAAAUGGCAGACUAUUUAA